AUGCGCCGAGUUCUCGCGCUCAUCAUCGUCUUCGUGGCGCGCACCCUCGCCCGCGCUGUCCCUGACGUUGGUGUCAUCGACGCCGCUAUAUCAUCUCCACCCAGUCACAAGAUCCCCUUCAAGGCCUCCAACGGCUUCGACGUCGUUCUCAACAUCGCUGCUGGCGUUCGCCUCACCGACGAUAUCCACUCCCUCCCCUGGCCCAUCGCCAAGCACAUCAAGGUCGUCAGAGGCGGCGAGCAUGUCGAGCUCUGCGCCGUUCGCGCCACCCAGAGAGACAGCGGCGUCGGCAGCCCCCGUCGCGACGAUUGCCAGGCUCUCUUCGACUACGUCAAGACGAAUCCGGCUCUCAUCUACUUCGAGCACCCAGACUCCGACCUCAACCGCUGGGCCGAGAUCGUCUGGGUCGGCAGCUGUGCUUUCCGCGCCCGCACCUACACCCGCGAUGUAGUCAUCUCCACGGGAGACAUCGCAAAUUUCCUCGACCGAUCUCUGAGUCGCCCCGCUUGGACUAUCGACGGCCGCAUCUCGGCUGCUGGCGAGGCUGAUUGCGCUGUCUGGAGUAGUCCCUCAGGCAGCGCACCAUCCUUUUGGAGACUGCAACUGCGCGGCCCCUUGCUCGACGGCAUCCCGAAUAACGGUACUCUUCCCAGCAACUUCACCUCCGGCAACGAUACCGCUCAGCCUGUCAAAAUUCGCCAGGCCAAGUCCGAGAAGCCCCUCAUCGUCAAGUACUUCGCCCAGAUCCCCAACAACGCUUCCGCCUACGUCUUCGAUGGUACCGUCCACGAGGAUUCUGACGAAUUCCAGCCGGUGAACUCAACCGUCUCCAAGCGGUACGAUAUGUAUCUCGGCGGCAAUCCCGAGGGCCCCUUCUGCACCCCCGUCUGGCUCUCCUCCGACUGGCACGAGGCAAACACGCCCCUCAAGUCCGACUGCCUGCAGCUCUUGGGCUUUUGCAAACAAAACACGGCCAAGGUCGUCUUUAAGGAACGCGACCUGAACUUUUGGGCCAAGUUUGCCGCCCACGAGUCCUGUGGCCUCAGCUUCAUGACCUCCAAGGAGAAGGUUGUCAUCACCAACCGCGACAUGGCCGGCUUUCUUGAGAGAGCCAUCAACUACGAGCCUUGCACCUAUAUGGAAAUUGGGGUUCGUGCCAAGAUGGGUGUCCACUGCGGCUACAGCAACGAGAAGCAGUACCAGGGCGAAUUCAGGCUCUUCUAUCGCGACCCUAGUCUCCCCAAGGGAGAUAUCGAGCAACGAGACACCGGCCUUCUGAUUUCAGCUCCGACCACCGAGGAGAUCGAGCGCCUAGACGUCGAUUUGCACAAUGCACCCGUCGACAGUAUCGAGCAACGCGCGCCGAAUGGGAACGACUUCCUCGAUGUCUCGCACGAAGAGUAUCCUGAGUCCAUGGCGCCCUCAGACGAAGAUCAGUCCGUGGAUUCUUGA